CCAGACUGGCAAGUCACUACCCUGGUGCUAAUUCUGACAGCUGCCACUAUCGCUUUGCUGUCAUUCCUCAUGUCUCUGAUUUCCGUCUGCCUGGGGACCUAUAAGUACUAUUAUCGGGUUGUGGCGGUUCUUUUCUUUGCUGCAGUGGUUCUCCAAAUCUGCGCCUUGAUUCUCUACCCCAUCAAGUUCAUUGAUAGUAGCCUGCUCAGAAGCUACCAUGAGUUCAACUGGGGAUACGGCCUGGGUUGGGGUUCUGCCAUCUUUAUGCUGGGAGCAGCCAUCCUUUACUGCCUACGCAUUGAUGCCUAUGAAGACGCUUAUUAUUAAGACAACAUGAAAAAAUGCUGCUGGAUUAUCAGAUUGGGAAGGCCAGAUCGGUAAACAGAGAGCUACAGAAUGGGAAGGACGAUUGGCAUUCUUGGCACACCCAAGCAUUAUGGAUGGACACUUUGGCCAGCAUCUUGCCAAGAGGAGAAGAAAGUGAAGACCUUCAGCGGGACGCUCUUCCAUCAUCACGAGGACCUAUCACUGCGAGCCAGCCCUACCACAACUUGCUUAAGAUCUUUCAUGUAUUUUUUUAAAAAAUAUGUUUCAUUACUUUAAUCUUCUGUGUAAGAAAGGUUGUCUUUAUUUUAUCUUUGAGGAGGCCACUCCUACAGGGAAGAGCAGCCUGGUUUAGCUUUUAUUUAGUGGUGUCCUAUGCACACUUUGAAUUCAAAUAUGGGGAGUUGUAUGGAUUCAAAGCGUUCUAUAAAUGCACGGAUGCUAAAUCUCCUUGAUGCUGAGAAGCCCGAAACAUAGAAAACGUAAGAGUUUAUGGGCUGCCAAUGAAUAAAACCAUGGAAGAAACAAGA